AUGGAUUGGCUUUGUUAUAUGCACCCAAUAAUUUUAACGGAUAGAGAAUUGGUUUUAAUUGCUGUCAAGCAAAGUGGUGAAGUACUUCAGUUAACCAAUUAUGUUUUUGUAGAGAGCAAUUUGAGAUUGGACAAGGAAAUUGUUUUGGAAGCAAUCAAGGAAAACAAGAAGGCGCUUCUGUUCAUACCAAAGGAGUUACUUUUCGAUUAUGAACUCAUGUUAACAGUUCUCAAAGCAAUAUUUCCAGAGUUUUCUCAUUUAAAUUCUUUUAAUUAUUCACAAAAAGACAUCAUGAUGAAACUCAUUCAAGAAAAUGGAUUGUUUCUUGAAUUUGCAAGUGAUGCCUUGAAAAAUGAUGGAGAGUUUGCGUUACUGGCUGUUCCACAGAAUGGAGAAGCAUUGGAAUAUGUUUCUGAUGAAUUGAAGAGAGGCCAACAAGUUGUGUUAAAAGCUGUCAAUCAAUGUGGAUAUUCUCUUAUAUUUGCUGCCUCUGAAUUGAAGAAUAACAAAGAGGUUGUAUUAAAAGUUGUAAGACAAAAUGGUAUUGCUCUUGCCAAUGCAUCCAAUGAGUUGAAAAACGACAGAGAAGUGGUCCUCUGUGCUGUAAGACAAAAUGGUUAUGCAUUAGAGUUUGCAGGUGAUAGGAUGAGACGAGACUAA